AUGUCACUCAGCAAUCAUGAUUCUUCAGUCAAGAUCCUCCACCUCACAGAAGAUGGAUUGAUGCUCUAUAAGAAGCAACUCAGACUUGCUAUAAUGGCAAAGAAGCUGGUGCAAUAUCUUGAUGGUCAUGACAAGGAGCCUGCCACACUCACAGCUCUAGGGGUGGAUUCCGAUGCAGAUGAGAUUUCUAUACCAGAUGCUACCAGAAACACUCAAACUUCAGAUUAUCCUGGAGAAGAAGUUGUUUGGAGCUUGAAAGAUGCACACUCUCUGCUGCACCCAGGAGAAGGGCUCCUGACUGACCCUAGACAAGCUUCAGAAGCUCAAGGCUAA